AAAGGAAAGGAGUCAGGGAAGGAAAGAAGAAGAAUGGGAAGGAAAGAAGAAGGGAAGGAGUCGGGGAAGGGAUAAAAGAAAGGAAAGAAGAAGAAUGGGAAAAUAAAAGAGAAAAUAUAUUGUUUAGUUAAAAAUAUCACCAGCCCACUUAGCGCCAAUUAUCUUCAUGAUAAUAUCAAAUGUGGCCUUAUUUUAUAUUGACAGCAAAGAGCAAUUCAGCAAGUGUGGCCUUGAUGGAUCUUUGUAUGGAUCCGAAGAAAAGGCAGUUGAUGAUCGCACAAUUGGCCACAAUCCUGAGAGAUCAAGUCUCCUUAAAGGUGGCAUUGUCUACAGUAAUGCAGUAGUGUCUAAGUAUGAACUUCAAGAAUUUUUAAAGCCUAGCUUGCGAGUUUCAUCGCAAUCAAAGAAGCAAUCUCUUCAGCCAGAUGGUUUUCAAAGUUCAAGUUCAAUACAGAAAUCUGAAGGGCUGGUGGAAUUCAUUGGAAUCUUGAGGAUUAAAGUAAUUAAAGGGACAAACUUAGCUGUUAGAGACAUGCUCUCUAGUGAUCCAUAUGUCGUUUUGACUCUUGGGCAGCAGAAAGCACAAACUACAGUGAUGAAGAGCAAUUUAAAUCCAAUCUGGAACGAAGAGCUCAUGCUUUCACUUCCUCAAGAAUAUGGACCAUUAAAGCUGAGCAAAUUCGUUCCUGGUGACCUCAGCGUGGAUCGGAAGUUGUGUCGCAACCUCAGAAAUUAGUCAUUCCUGGUGUGGAUGGUCAGAACUAGAGCUAAAAUGGAGCAUCGAGUAGAUUCACUGGAGCGCAACCUUCUGGAAGUACGUACGAAGUUACAGUUGGAGUUGCGAUCUGCGAUGGAAAGUAUCAAUGCAUCUAUGGCCGCGAUGAAUGAAAAACUGGCGACCACAGUGGGAGCCAGAGGGAGAUCGCGAUCGCCGAUCAGCCCCGUACAUUCCAGAGGUAACUCGGUUCACUCUAAUACCAAUGAUCAUCGCCAUGGUGAUGUGUAUUCGAGAAUACCUGUACGUAAUGGUAGAAGGAUAGAUUUACCAUUGUUUAACGGGGAAGGAGCCUAUAACUGGAUUAUUAGAAUGGAAAGGUAUUUUCGAUUGAACAAUAUUGACGAGGAUGAAAAGGUUGAGGCAUCUAUGGUCGCUAUGGAGGAUAGAGCCUUGAAUUGGUUCCACUUGUGGGAAAAUCAGACUGAAGAAACGAGCUGGGAGACAUUGAAGAAAUCUAUUAUUCGUAGAUUUCAACCGGAGUUAAUUCAGAACCCUUACGGUCCUAUUCCGAGCCUGAAACAAACUGGGACCGUGCUGGAGUAUAGGGAGGAAUUUGAAAUGGUGAUGGCACCACAACAGAACAUGGAUACAGAUUUGCUGAAGGGGAUUUUCAUCACAGGUUUGAAGAAGGAAGUGAAAUCUGAAUUGAAACUGUAUGCUUCCAAAUCCUUAACUGAAACCAUGGAUAGAGCCAUAAUGAUUGAACAGAAGAAUGAGGCAGUCUAUUCUAAAAGAAAGGAGGAUGACAAAUUCAUGGGAAGGGAGAGAGGACCCAUACCAUUGAAGGUUCAGAACUGGGGAGAAGGGUACAAGUCCAAAUCGGGAAGUGCUGGCACUUACAACAGUGAGAAGAAUGGAUCAGGUAGUAGAAAUUCUCAGCCCUGGUUCAAUACUAAGGGGGCCAGAGUGACAGAGAUUCAUCCUUCAGGAAUAAAAAAGGUGGGCCCUCAGUUGUCCCAGGAGGAGUAUCAGGAGAGGAGUAAAAAGGGUCUAUGUUUCAAGUGUGGGGACAAAUGGAGUAGGGAACACACCUGCAAAUUAAAAAAUUACAAACUCAUUUUGGUGGAAUAUUCUGAGGAGGAGGCAGAAUGUGAGGAAGAAAAUGGGAGCAGUUCAGAUGAGGAAGAGGUUGUAAUGGAAUCCAAAUCCAUGCAACUAUCAUUGAUGAGCAAGGAAGGCAUUCCUUCCAUGAGAGCUUUUAAAGUGAAAGGUUACCUAAAAUGGAAGCUAGGAGAACAAGAAGUGGAUGUAUUGAUUGAUAGUGGAGCCACUCACAACUUCAUAUCCCAAGGGUUGGUAAAUCAAUUGAAAAUACCCUAUCAAAUCAUUACGGGAUAUAAAGUGCAGAUUGGGAAUGGAGAUAGAAUAGCUAACAAUGGCAGAUGUGAAGGGUUAGCUCUGUGUUUACAGAAAGCAGUGAUACAACAAGAUUUUUACAUCUUGGAACUGGGGGGAACAGAUGUAGUGCUGGGGAUGGAGUGGUUGGCAAGUUUGGGAGAUGUAGAAGUCAACUUCCAAAAGCAGACUAUAAGAUGGAAGGAACAGGGACAGGAGCAGUUGGUACAAGGGGAUCCACAGUUAAACUCUUUGGAAGUCUCACUGACAACCAUGACUCAAAUAUUACAAGAUGCAGGGGAUGGAUACUUGGUGUUUUGUGAAGGAAUAUCUGUAGUUUCAGUGGAAGGGGAAGCAGAAGAUGACACUUGGAAGCAAUUAUUGGCUGAAUUUCCAGAAGUGGUCCAACCUAGGAAGCAAUUGCCACCAAGAAGAAGUUGUGAUCAUGCUAUUCACAUUCAGGAGGGAGCUUGCAUUCCUAAUAUCAGACCUUAUAGGUACCCACAGUACCAGAAGACAGAAAUUGAAAGGAUUAUAAAAGAAAUGUUGAAUGAGGGUUUAAUUCAACACAGCAAUAGCCCUUAUAGUAGUCCUAUUCUACUGGCAAAGAAGAAAGAUGGGGGGUGGAGAUUCUGUGGUGACUACAGGGCUCUCAACAAAAUUACUAUACCCGAUAAGUAUCCUAUACCCAUCAUUGAAGAACUUUUGGAUGAAUUGGGUGGGGCAACCAUUUUUUCUAAGCUGGAUCUGAAAUCUGGAUACCACCAGAUAAGAAUGAAGGAGGAGGAUAGGCAGAAAACUGCAUUCAGGACUCACGAGGGGCAUUAUGAGUAUUUGGUAAUGCCCUUUGGUUUAACAAAUGCACCAUCAACUUUUCAAGCCCUUAUGAAUCAAGUGUUGAGGCCAUUUCUGAGGAAGUUUGCAUUGGUUUUUUUUGAUGAUAUCCUAGUUCACAGCAGAUCAGUGGAGGAACAUCAAGAGCAUUUGAGGAAGGUUCUGGGGGCUUUACAAGAUAAUCAGUUGGUCAUUAAUGCAAAGAAAUGUUCGUUUGGACAGUCUAAAUUAAUUUACUUGGGUCACAUUAUAUCUGGUGGGGGGGUAGCUGCAGACCCCACAAAGAUUGAGGCAAUGACAAUGUGGCCUGAACCCAAGGACUUGAAGGGGUUGAGGGGAUUUCUGGGACUGACAGGUUAUUACAGAAGGUUUGUGCAGGGAUAUAGCAAGAUUGCACUACCUCUAACACAAUUGUUGAAGAAAGAUAGUUUUCAGUGGGGACCAGAAGCUACCAAGGCUUUUGAGGAGUUAAAGAGAACUAUGACUACCCUGUCAGUACUGGCAACACCAGAUUUUGAUAAAAUGUUUAUAGUAGAGACUGAUGCAUCUGGGACUGGUCUGGGAGCUGUACUGAUGCAGGAAGGAAGGCCCAUUGCAUAUAUGAGCAAGGAGUUAUCUCAGAGAAAUCAGCAUAAAUCAGUGUAUGAGAGGGAGUUGAUGGCUAUAGUAUUAGCUGUCCAAAAAUGGAGGCCAUACCUCUUGGGAAGAAUGUUUGAAAUCCACACAGAUCAGAAGAGUUUGAGAUUUUUGACUGAGCAAAGACUAAUGGGGGAAGAACAACAAAAAUGGACUUCCAAACUAAUGGGGUUUAAUUUCAUUAUCAAGUACAAACCAGGAGUUGAAAACAGAGUUGCAGAUGCAUUAUCCAGAAGACCAUUCUUACAUUCCCUAUCAAUUGUUACUUGUCAAGAAUGGGAGGGGUUAGAAGAGGAAUUGCUGAAGGAUCCUAAAUGUUUGACAUUGUUUCAGAAUCUGGUUUCAAAGCCAGAUCAAUACCCAGACUUCCAGAACAAGAAAGGGUUACUCUACUACAAAGGGAAACUAGUGUUACCUAGUGCAUCUCCUAGAGUGACCAAAAUAUUGAAUGAAUAUCACAGUUCAGCAGUAGGAGGGCAUUCUGGGUAUUUCAGGACAAUGAAGAGGGUUUCUAAUUUGUUUUAUUGGCAGGGAAUGAGGAAGGACAUAAAGAAGUUUGUGGAGGAAUGUCCUACAUGUCAGACAAACAAAUAUCAAGCCUUAAAACCAGCUGGACUGAUUCAGCCUCUACCUAUUCCUCAAAAUAUUUGGACUGACAUCAGUAUGGAUUUUAUAGGAGGUCUGCCUACAUCACAGGGCAAGGACACUAUAAUGGUGGUAGUGGAUAGGCUGACAAAAUCAGCUCAUUUUUUGGCUCUAUCCCACCCUUUUACUGCAAAGGAAGUAGCUGAUUUAUUUACCAAAGAGAUUGUCAAAUUGCAUGGUUUUCCAAAAACCAUUGUUAGUGACAGAGAUCGAAUUUUUCUGAGUACUUUUUGGUCUGAAAUCUUCAAACUGGCUGGAACCCAACUCAAAUACAGUACUGCAUAUCACCCCAGACUGAUGGCCAGACUGAAGUGGUCAACAGAUGCUUGGAGACUUAUUUGAGGUGCUUGACAGGGAGUAAGCCUAAGCAGUGGGUUAAAUGGCUGGCAUGGGCUGAAUUCUGGUACAAUACAAAUUACCACAAUUCAUUGAAAAUGACACCUUAUAAGGCUCUAUAUGGGCAGGAACCCCCUACUGUGGUAAGAGGGGAUGUCACUUUAACUGCGGUGGAGGAAGUGUCUAAGCUAACUGCUCAAAGAAAUAUGAUACUUAAAGAGUUGAAGGAAAAUCUGGAAAAAGCCCAAAAUCAGAUGAGACAACAAGCUAACAAGCAUAGAAGGGAGGUGAUUCUAAAUGUGGGGGAUCAAGUUUAUUUGAAGAUUCAGCCAUAUAAACUUAAGAGUUUAGCCAAAAGAAUCAAUCAGAAACUCAGUCCUAGGUACUAUGGUCCAUUUGAGAUAAUGGAGAAACUCAGUUCUGUAGCCUUCAAACUUAAACUCCCAGAAGAUAAUAAAGUGCAUCCAGUGUUUCACAUUUCCCUACUAAAGAAGGCCCUAUCCCCUACAACUGUUUUUCAGCCUCUACCUAACUGCCUCAGUGAAGAAUGGGAACUACAAGUCAGUCCAGAGGAGAUGUUGGACUCAAGGAUGAACAAAGAAGGCAAGAUAGAGGUCCUAGUGCACUGGAAGGGCCUACCACAGUUUGAAGACUCUUGGGAACCAUUACAAGCUCUAGCAGAUCAAUUUCCAGGUCUUCACCUUGAGGACAAGGUGAAAUUUCAGGGGGGGAGUAAUGAUAGGCAGGUGUCCCAGCCUAUUAAAUAUUUUGAUAAGGUGUACAAAAGGAGGAAUAAGUAAUCAGUUGGGAUUCUUAUAAGGGGUAAGUUAGGCGGGUAUGCCUUAAGUGACGGGUGACUAUAAAUAGAAGGUAGAAGAGUGGAGUAAGGUAGCUGAGAAUUUGGUUGGCUAGUAGUUGGAGAUUGGGCAUCUCGAAUGGUCCAUGAGCUUGUAUACCUCUGUGGAUUUCUUCCGAAUUCAAUAAACAAUUCUAUAUACUGUUCUACUUUGAUUGUGUGUAUUCUAUUGUUCUGAAUUGAUCACUAGUGUCUAUCACUGCAUAGCCUGAAACCACUCAGGUGAGUCAAGAGCCUGUCUAACUGAUGUUGGCUCAGUAUGAGCUAGGAGCAAGGUUGGAUUAAGUCUAGGUUUUACUAUGCCUGAUUUAGCUCUAGUGUUCAUAGGAUGAACAUCGGAAGAAGGAACUAAAGAAAUAGGAGCAGUGAUGGUAGGUGGAGAAUUAGAGCUAGGUGACUCAGAAUUAGAGUGAGAUGACUCAGAGGUAGAAUGAGAUGAUUCAGAGUUAGAGUUAGAUGACUGAGAUGACUCAGAAAUAGAAUUAGAUGGCUCAGGUUGAGUAGUAGUAUUAUGUUGAGAGACUGAAAGAGAUGAUAAGUCUGAUACAGGAAUUAAUGAAGAUGAUGGGGUUUGCAGAAUUGUUAAGGGUGUGUUUGUAGGUAGGUUGGAUUGAGCAGAAGUAGUAUUUGGAGAAAACAAAUGAGUAUAAGGAAAUUUGAACUCAUCAAAAAUAACAUCUUUGGAUAUAUAGACUUUUCCAGUAGAAGCUAAGCAUUUGUAGCCUUUGUGUUGAGGACAGUAUCCUAAAAAGAUACAUUCUUCAGAAUGAAACUGAAAUUUGUGUUUAUUAUAUGGUCUGAUAAAAGGGUAGCAAGAGCAUCCAAAGACUCUUAAGAAGGUGUAAUCUGGAAUAGAUUUAUAAAGUUUAGUGUAAGGAACUAGAUUAGAGAUAGAAGCUGAGGGAGUUCUAUUGAUUAGAUGAACUGCAGUAGCAAAAGCAGCAUCCCAAAAUUUGAAAGGAAGUGAGGAAUGGGCUAAUAGACUUAGACCUUUUUCAACAAUAGAUCUGUGUUUUCUUUCAACUACAGCAUUUUGAUGGUGAGUAUGAGGACAAAUCAAUCUCUGUGUUAUGCCUUUUUCAGUAAGAAAGGAAGUAAAAGGCCUGAAUUCACCUCCCCUACUUGGACCUACGAUCAAUGAUGCAUUUGUUUAACCAUGAUGCUGAAUAUUUAUCUCUUAUUUCCUGAAUCAGCAAUACAUAUAGCUGAUUAUUUAAUGGGGCACUAUAUACUAUCGUAUAUUACUAUGCACAUGUUGCCAGUUAGAAACUUAUUUACAAUGAUAUUGAGUUCAGAAGUGUAAUAAAGCUUUAAUUAUUCUCCAAAUGAUAUUUUAAUUCAAUUGAACUUUAUGAGGUCAAUAUAUCCUUUGUUUGGCACAGAGGAUUUCCUGUUUGGCUGAAAUACAUGUCCUUGAUAGAAUUUGGAACUGACAAUCAGCCCUUCGUGUGUACUAUGCAGAAUUGUGCUCAAAGGAAUGCUAUGAGAUUGCCGAGAAAGCGGGAUCUUAAACGAGUUUGAGAAACGCAUGAGACCCGAAGUCAUCCUUCUACAUGAGAUUGGAGUGACAUCUGAAGAUGUUAGCUCGGUUGAUGAGAUUAAAGAGUCUCAAGGACAUGCACCGGCGACCAGUUUGAUGACCCGAGUCAGCUUAAAGGGCUAAAUGUCUCAUAUUUCCUGGUUGGGUCAGCAAAAUAAACUAGAUCUGUUGUAACCAUAGUGAUCGACAAUGCCUAAUCGCCGCAGAAUGCCUAGGAGGCUUCAGGUGAGUCGAUUGAGCAUGGCAGUUCUCCUCCAUUGACUAAGAGUUGGUCAUGCUUGAUGGUGGUCUUCUUAAGUCAUGCAGAGACAUAUUGCCCUUUGGUUCUCCUGGUACCGGGAAAGCUAUGAUGGCCAAGGCAAUCUCAAAUGAAUCCGGAGCAAGCUGGAGAACACCAAGUCAUGUACAAUAUUAAGAAGUUUAAAGUUCAUGACAUGCAAUGUACCAACACAUGUAAUGUUGAUGAGGCAGAGUGAAAAAUAAUUUAAAUGCACUAUUAUUUAGAAUAUAAAAAUUACUUGAAUUGUGUAAAUUUCAAAUCUUUAUAAAAACAAGUAGGAAAAUUUGUCUAAAAAGUUUUUUUUCUUCAUGUAAUUAUAAAUUUGGC